UCCCUGAUCAACAAGCAGCGCGGUGAUAUAAUAUGCUGCUAAAGCUUCCCUCAGAAGCAAAAUGGCCGAUAGUAAACUAACCGAUCCUAUAGCGUCUGACAGUCAUCAAGGGUUUAUGCAGGUUUUGUUUACAGCUUGAGAACUACAGUCGCUCACGAAAGGAUUUUCGCCUUUUUUCCUUUUUUACGAUUUAGAUUUCGCCUACUUGCGAUGUUAUUUCACAUUCAAUUUAGCCUUGAAAGCCUCGAAGAACUAGCUUGCUAGGCUAGCUUCUUUGCUAGCCUGCUAGCGGUAGGUCUGCAAGAAUUUUUGCACAGCUGCACUUUAUGUCCUAUGUGAUUACCGAGACUAGAGAAUCAAGAAGGGGAACAGUAGUUCAUGGAAGACAAGAAAAAGAAGAAAGAAGAGAAGAAGAAAAGGGAAACCUCUCAGAAGGUGCCAGAACAGAAAAUCAAAGUGCCAGAAUCAGCCAAGCCCUCCUGUUCCCAGCCCCUCUCCACCCCAGGUUCAGUGUCCCCCAGCCCUGGCCCCAUCUCCCCUUCCUCCCCGAGUCCUGGUCCGGGCGGGGUCUCUGCCCAGGUUCCUCCUGGCGGCGGGAACAAUGCAAAGCAGCGGACUGCUGUGGCCAACGGACAGCCCACCACCACCACCACCUCCUCCUCCUCUUCUUCUUCCUCGUCUCCGUCUGGAAGUCAGACUUCCCAGCAGCAGCAGCGGUACAUGUCCAGAGAGGUCCCACCGAGAUUCCGCUGCCAGCAGGACCACAAAGUGCUACUGAAGAGGGGCCAGCCGCCGCUGUCCUCCAUGCUGCUGGGCGGAGGAGGGGAGGGGGCUGCGGGAGGAGGCGGUGGCUGGGUUCCCACUGCAGAUAACCACAAUACGAAUGCAUCUGGACAUGCAGAUUCCAACAUGACUUCAUCCUCCCCUUUACAACCCAAGUCGUCAUCUUUGUGCGUCGCUGCUUUGUCGUCUUCUACUACUUCAACUUAUGCAAAUUCCACAUGGGGGGCAGGCCCUGGCAGCCAGUCCUCUUCUCAGGGCUGUGAGAGGGUGAUUGUGGAUGGGACUGACCUGGAGGACUGGCCCGCCAUCACAGGCGGGGCCAAACCAAGUUCUGACGGGGCUGCGGGGCGGACGCAGGAGCAGGACUGUCCCAGUAACAACAAUAGUGCCUCAUGGGGUGAGAGAAGCAUCCAGCAAAAGGGAGGGGGGAUCGGAGAAGGAGGAGCAGGGAACACAGACAAUCCUUCCCCACCUCGUUCUUCUCCUCUGUCCUCUUCUUCCUCUCUUAAUGAAUGUGCACAGUCGAGCGGCGGCGCGUGGGGCUCCUCUGCCUCGUCCCAGGCGGAGGCCGGGCUCGGAUCAGCAGAGUUUUACAGUUCCAAAGUCUCCCAUCUGCUCUCUGGGUCUCAGGAAGGCCCGGGAGGUGGCAGCAGCAGCAACAGCGGUGUCACUGGUGCCAACUUCAACCCCAGUGUGAACCCCUCCGCUUGGCCCGCCCUGGGACAGAGUGGAACUUCAAACAGCGAUAGCCUUCCGCUCCACUCGUCCAUCACUUCAGCUUCCUCAUUCUCUGCCAGCACCGCCCUCAUCACCACUCAAACACUUUCAUCUGUGAAUCAAACUGGUCUCUACCAGCAGCACACUGACACAGCUGUGGGAGCCAAAAGUGAAGAACAGCAGCAGCACUUAGAGAACCCGGCCUCUGAACCGGGUUCAGGCGGGGGAUCAAGAGAAGCGGGACCAAAUCAAGAAGGUGGCGAUGAGGCAAACUCUGGAGUUGUUACUGAAGUAGAAGGAAGUGACGAUCUUUCUGGUUCCUUGUCUUCCUCCUCCGUUGCCUCUUCUCGGAGAUCCAUGCCUCCUCUGUCCUCGGACCCAAGUUUAUGUGCCUCACAGGCGGAUGCGUGGGGCGGAGGAGGUCCCGGGACUCAGGGGCAGGAAGGGACUGUAUGGGGUUUUGGUAGUCAGGACGACGGGGCGGGGUGGGGCAGGGGGAGUGGUGGGGACUCAGCGGCUCCAGUGGUAUCUCAGGAAGUGUGGGAAGGAGGCAGUUCAAAAGCGGAUUGGGUUGGCUCUGCCGAAAAUUCAAGUAAUUUAGCAAUAGGAAAUCAAAAAGGAGUGGAUGUUAGCAGCGGUAGUGCUGGAGGCGUGGGUGCUGGAGGCAGCAGUCUGGAGGACUCUGCCUCACCAAAGUUUGCUACUAUGACAAAAGCUUGGGACAAUCAGAAAGGGACGGAGGGUGGGGAUGUUUCUGUUGGGGAGUGGGUCGCAGGAGGGGUGCAGGGGGGAGUCACCGGAGGGCCCUCCUCCUCCAGUGGAGGUGGGUCCAUAGCUGGAAGCGGAGGGGAGGGGAGCGGGAGUGAACAGAAGCAGGAUCGGUCUUCUUCUGCUCGGCUCCGCUCCCAACAGUCCUCCACUGCUGAAGUGGCCUUACUGAGCAUGCUCAACCGGUCUGAUCUGGACCCCAAGGUUCUGUCCAACACGGGGUGGGGGCAGACGCAGAUCCGACAGAAUGUGGCCUGGGACCUGGACAGCAAAGCAGGCGGAGGAGGGAACAGAAGUGAAGGAAACCCUUCUUCUGCGUUCCCGUCAGCCAGCAUGAACACUACAGCAAGUCGCAGCUCGAGGUACCUGCCCAACACGGGGGCAGCACCUGUGGAGUUACCUGUAGGCAGUCACUCAAGUGGCCAAAACUCUGCUUCCUCUACUGUUGAAGAGGGGGGUUCUUUCAUGCCUGGCAGUGCUAUGAAGCCAGGCUCAUCGGAUGAUGAUAUGGAGGGCAGUGCAGCUACAGGGUGGGGCACCGCCCCGCCCGAAAACCAGGGCAAAAGGUGGAGGAGCGAAGAGCAACAGUGGGGUGAUCGCAGAGGCGGUGGAAGCAACUGGAGGGACCUGGAAGAACAGGCUAGCGGGUGGGGGGACGCUCCAGAGAAUAAAGGUACAGGGGGUUGGAAGGGGUCUGCAAAAUCUGAAGCAGGGGGCUGGGGGGAGGAGUGGGGCCAGAGGGACUCUUCUAGCGGGGGCGGGUGGGGAGAGAGGCGUAGUAAGGCUGGAAGCAAAUCUGAUGAUGGACCCGCUUGGGGAAACGUGGACGAAGGCGGAUCUCAGCGGGGAGGGUCAAGUUUGGACGAGGGCGUGUCCCACCAGGAUUGGGGGGGUACCAAACCCCUCGCAGCACAGAUACCAAACAGCCAAGUCGCACCAAUGAAAGCCCCAAAUCAGCAGCAGCAGCAAUCACACGGCCAGCAAGCAAUGGGAGCACCCAUGCAAGGAGGGUGGAGCAGCCGCUCAGGCGGAGCAACCGAAGGUCCGUCGUCCAAGGGUCAGAACCAAAGUUUGGGCUGGAAAUCCGGCCCCAUCCCCCAAAUCUCUGGAGGUGAUACACUGGAGCCCAGCGGCUGGGAAGAGCCCUCCCCUCAGUCUAUCAGCCGCAAAAUGGAAAUAGAUGACGGCACGUCGGCGUGGGGAGACCCGACGCGCUACAACAACAAGAACGUCAACUUGUGGGACAAGAACAGUCCCACACCCGGUCAGAGUCACGGUCAGCACGGCCCCCCACCGCCCAUGCAGCAGCCACCCCUCAGAAGACAGCCGGGGAUGCAGCACAGCACCAACAAAAGUGCCGGCUGCGGCGCAGCUGGUCCAGGGAUGUGGGGAGGAGGAGGAGGCCCACCAACUGUGGAUAACGGUACGGCUGCUUGGGGCAAAGUGUCGGAUGGAAGUUCAGGUUGGGGAGAACCGGAUGAAGCCGGCAAAGCAUCUGGAUGGAGGAACCCUUCACCCAACCCUGGAAAACCUGCAGUGAAGCCGGUGGAAAGUUGGGGUGGGAAAGGAGACGGCUCCAUCGCAGCCUCCAGGCACCCCAGCUGGGAGGAGGACGACGACGGCGGCGGUGGAGUUUGGAACAGCACGGGCUCCCAGGGAAGCGGCUCCUCCUUUGGCUGUGGUGGGUGGGGUCAGACUCACGGAGGAAAGAGAGGCAGCAUGAAGAGUGGAGGAGGAGACAGCUGGGUGAACUCAGUGUCACGCCAAUUCUCAAAUAUGGGCCUUCUGGGUGAUGAUUCCAGUGUUGACAAAAAGAUGGAAGCAGACAAGAGAGGAAUGAAUGACUACAAUGGAGAGAUGCGCAGAGGAGGACGGGGUGGUGGAGGCUACCGCAUGUCUGCUUCCAAAGACAUGGGUUCUGUGGACAUGGGGGCAUAUGGUGACAAGGUGGGCGGCCAUGGAGUCUUUGUGCCCGGCGGAGGAGGAAUGCCUCCACCCCGAGGGAUGCACCAGCCCGGCAUCCAUCCCAUGAACCCGCCCCAGGGGUUACGUGCUCAAGUGCCUCAUCAGUUCCUGUCCGCUCAGGUUCCGGGUCCAAUGCUAAAGCAGAUGCCCUCUCCUGGUGGCAGUGUGGGUGGAGUUGUUGGAGGAGUAGGAGGUGUCGGUGGCGUCGGCACGGGGGUCGGCGGUGUUGGCGGAGGAGUGUUCCCUCCUCAGAUUUCACCACAGCAGUUAGCAAUGCUUGGAAACAUAUACCCCCACAUGCAGCAGUUCCAUCUGGCCUGCCAGCUUUUGCUACAACAGCAGCAGCAACAACAACAGCAACAGCAGCUUCUACAGAACCAGCGGAAGUUCCCUCAGCCUCUCAGACAGCAGCCAGACCCCCAGCAGCUCGCUAGGAUCAUGGCUAUCCUGCAGCAGCAGAGGCAGCAGGGUGGAGUUGGUGGAGCAGCGCAGGGAGGGGGGAGCUCCAAACUGUCCCCCUCUCACCUGGGUGGAGGGCUGCCCAAACAGGCCAUGGUAGACCCCCUGACACAUCCUGGCUUGGGGGGACCCUUAUCAGAUCCUUAUGCCAAAUCACAAGGCAUGUACCCUGGUCUGGCACCUGGCAGCAACUUGUCAACACUGGAGCUCAGUCCCAUGAUGGGGGGGAUGAAGGACAUGGGGGGGCAGCAGUCUCGCUUUAAAUGGAUGAUGGAGGAACAUUCCCCAGCUCCGUCUCCCCCGGACCCAACCCCUCACAAGAAUGGCCCUUUGCCCAGCUCCAUAAAGGUCAGAGGAGGCUCCCCCUUCUCCCAGUAUGAAAUGCUGGGCAGCGAAGGUUUGGGAAUUCCCCCUCAGGGUUCUGCAGACAACUGGCAUCGGACUCCUGGGAGCAAAAUGGGGAACAAACCUGCCACUUCAAGCUGGCCACCAGAGUUCCAGCCCGGUGUGCCCUGGAAAGGAAUACAAAGCAGUGGAGACCCAGAAUCGGAUCCCUACAUGACUCCUAGAAGCGUUCUAGGUUCUCCAGGAUCCCCAAACCUUAAUGACCCUGACCACCAGUUGCUGCGAGACAACAUAGGGCCAAACCCCCCCCUCAACACCUCGCUGCCUUCACCUGGUGCCUGGCCCUACAGUGCCUCUGACAGCUCCCUGAGCAAUGCACACAGCACAGGAAAGUACUCUGAGUACAAGCCCAGCUGGCCUCCAGAGCCCAUCGGACAAAAUAAAUUAUGGAAGACUAAUCGCAACAGCUCGCAGCUGCCACGCCCUCCUCCUGGCCUUACCAAUCAGAAGCAGGCCUCACCAUCACCGUGGGGAACUGGAGUUCCACGGUUGGCCAGGAGCUGGGGAGGGGGCGGGAUCAAUCAAGAGUCAAGAUUUGGGCCAGGCUCAGCUUGGAGUGAUGGUACUUCCUCUAGAAGCAGCUGCUGGUUACUGCUGAGCAACCUGACUCCUCAAAUCGACGGCUCAACAUUGCGGACGAUCUGUAUGCAGCACGGCCCCUUACUCACCUUCCACCUGGGCCUCACGCAGGGCAGCGCUCUGAUUCGCUACAGCACCCGGCAGGAAGCAGAGAAGGCCCAGGGUGCACUGCACAUGUGUGUUCUGGGCAACACCACAAUCCUGGCAGAGUUUGUGAGUGAAGAGGAAGUCGCGCACUAUUUUGCACAUUCCCAGGCUGGAGGGGCAGAAGGGGCCAGCUCAGGUGGAGCAGCAGGCGGAGGGGCGCCUGGUUCUACUGGAACAGGCACGACUGUGGCCAGCAGUGGCGGCAGCUCCCCUGGGAGUGAGCGGGCAGCGGUGGGCACGUCUUCUGGAGGGAAUGGAAACGGCGGCGGCGGGGAAGAAGGUGGUGCUUCGGUUCUCGGUGGCGUGAGAUCCUCCGGCGCUGCCUGGCAGAGCCUCGAUGGUACAGGCACUUCUUCAGAAACCCCCGCAGCUCAAGGACCUGGACUGGGGAUAUUUUCUCAGUGGAGCACCAACGGAGCUGGAGAAGGGGCAGUUGUUGGGGGAGUGGACGCUGGGAGGUCCGGGCUAUGGGGGGGCAUGACCGCAGGAUACCCAAGCAGCAGUCUGUGGGGGGCACCACAAAUGGAGGAAAGACACCAAAUGGACAGCCCUGCUGGAUUGUUGCCUGGCAACCUGCUGGGGGGAGGAGCUGAUUCCAUAUGAUGAGCCCUCUGUUUGUGGGUUUGGACACACAUAUGGUAUACACUGGGAUAAAUAUGUACUUAAUAUGGCACACACACACUUACAUGGUAUGCAUAUUAAUGUACUACAUACAUAAACCUGCAUACGUAAAAGUAGUAUGCAUAGUACAUAAUGCAGAAAUGUGAGACUUGCUUACACACAUUCUCAUGGCCAGACUUAAGCUAUUAUAAAAAAUAAAUAAAUGCAGGGACUGUUAGACGUGUAUACAGCCUUUUUCCACAGAUGAAGAUUUCAACUGCUUAGACUUGAAACCUAAAAAAGAAUGAAAAGUCGGUCUCAAAGACUGGACUGGAUUGCAGUGUGCUUAGUAAAUAGGGGGCUUUGUAACAGAUUUACAUAGACAUGCACACACCAAAUACAGAGAAGCCUUCAGACAGACAGGCACUGUAAACAGCAUUACCUUCAUCGUAAAAUAAUUUCAAACUAUGUGAUGUGAGGUUUAAAGUGCAGUUUGUAUUCACAUCCCCUUAAAGAUGGAGAUCGAAUUCAGACACAUGCAAACAGCUCUGAUUGACAGCAGAACUGUAUCUUACUGUGUAUGUUGUUUUUUUCUGUUUGUAUGAUUUUACUUUUUGAACAGUACAAAUAUUGAAAAAUGUCAUUGUUCUGUUUUCAAGAUGCUGACCUCCUACUGUUGUAUCUCACGCACUCUUUCUCUGUUGUUCUCUCUUGAACAUGUUUGUUACUGUUGCAGUGAUAUUUGUUAAAUUGCUGGCAGUUUCAGGCUAAAUGCAUUUCUCCACGUGUCGAUACUGUGCGCAGUAUCAUACACACUAUACGAGUAUGAGUGAGACUGAGACCAAGUAAGUGGAUUAAACCACCGCAUUUGUUGUGCGUACGCGUGUGCGAGUGUGAGGACAGUGUGUGUGCAUGUUAAUGCCUGUCAUAAUGUGGGCAAGGCUGCUUACUAUACAGAAGGUCUAUACAAAAUAUUUUGAGUGCAUUUGGUAUACUGCUGACUGUGUGUUCAGAAAUAUUGGCACUAAUGCUUUUUUUUUCUUCUCAUUUGAAGUUUUGUUUGUUUUUUAAGGAGAUGUCUUUUUUUUAUUGUCUGACCUGCAAUAAUAAAAAAAACAUUUUAAUGACACAAAGAGCUGAAGGUAUAUGCGUUUUAGAAAAUGGACAUGCCAAAUCUUAUCAACUGUGUGGAGUGGGAGGAACGGGUGGGGGGUUCGUUUACAGAGUAAGCGUUACGUACGUUUUUAAUGUUCUGUUGUUGUGUAUUCAUUUUAAAUUAAGACAGGCUUUAACACUCCUGUUCAGUGUUUUCGUUUUGAGAUUUUACAAAGGAAAAAUUUAUUUAAACAUUGAGAACAAGAUUAAUAAAGAAGAAAGUUUUGGCUUCUAA